AAUUGAGUGACAAGUUAAGCACCUUAGUAUAUGGUGUGAGAUCAUAAAUGACAUGAAAAUCAUAUAUUAGCACGUAAUAAUCUCUCACAUGUCGCAUCUUACAGUGCAAAAAGCUUGGGAAGAUGAAAACAGUUGGCGCAAAAAAUCAAAUUUUGCCAACCUCCUAUAUUUUAGCCUUAUUAAACAUCAGAUCACCCGCUACAAUUCCUCUGUUUUUGGAAGAUUUUUUUUGUCUGGGUAAGAAAGAAAUUGAAGGUGUGAGAAAAGGUAAAAAACAAAAAAAAAAAACAAAGAAGAAGGUGAAAUUUCAUGUCAUAGAAUUGUAUAAACCUGAAAAACAACAAUUAUUGUCAACAACAAGAACAAGAACAACAACAUAGAUUAGCAGGGGAAGCUGGUGAUAGGAAGAUCAUAGAUUUUCCUCUUCCCCUUGCUGCAUUGCCCACCAAGUGUUUGAUAAAAUUCCCCUGUGAAAAAAUUUAUAUCAUGGUGAUUGGUGUCAGAUAAUAGCCAUGGCUGACGGUAGAAAAAGGCUUAGUAAACGUAAUAGCAUGCCUUCUGAUGGGUUUUCGUCGUGGAAUUAUGGGUCUCAAUCUAUGCAAUCGACGCGGUCUGCGAAACCUGAGAGGCUCUAUAGAGUUUGGCCUGGCAACAAUAAAUUUCUUUGUGGUGGGAGAUUGGUACUUGGUCCUGAUGCAGGAUCACUGUAUUUAUCUUCAUUUUUGAUAGGAUGUCCUGCUAUUACUUUUUGUAUAAGGAUGCUCAUUAGGAUCAGAGAACAUGAUCCCCUGUAUGGAUAUGGGGUCCUGACUACAGGUGUCGUUCUCACUUUGAUGGAUUUUCUGUUUCUUUUCAUGACAUCCGCUCGAGAUCCAGGAAUAGUACCAAGAAACCUUAGACCACCAGAAGAAGACGAUUUAGAGAUGACUUCCUCAAUGGAAUUUGUUGCAGGCAAAUCGGGUAGUUUAAAGAUUCCCCGCACUAAGGAUGUGAAGAUUAAUGGCUACACAAUUAAAGUCAAGUUUUGUGAUACUUGUAAGCUAUACCGUCCACCUCGUGCUUCUCAUUGCUCAAUAUGCAACAACUGUGUGCAGAAAUUUGAUCAUCACUGUCCAUGGGUCGGUCAGUGUAUUGGACUACGUAACUACCGUUUCUUCAUCUUCUUCAUAUCUUCAUCAACAUUCUUGUGCAUGUACGUCUUUACAUUCUCAUUGGUCAACAUUCUUCGGAAAAAGGGUGGCAUCUUGCGCUCUAUGUCACAUGAUAUCGUAUCAGUCAUUCUAGUCGUAUACUGCUUCAUAGCUGUCUGGUUUGUUGGUGGGCUUACCGUCUUCCAUUUCUAUCUGAUGUCAACCAACCAGACGACUUAUGAGAACUUCCGAUACCGAUAUGACAAGAACAAAAAUCCCCAUAAUUUGGGUGUGUUCAACAAUCUGAAACUGUUUUUUUUCACCAAAACACCACCUUCAGCUAUCAAUUUCAGAGAGAUGGUGCUUGUAGAAGAUAUUAUUGUUCCUGAGACUCCGAGCUGCCAUGAUAGUUUCAUGGGGUUCCGGAAAACUUUAGAUCUGGAAAUGGCACAAAGGCUUACAAAAAAUGGAAGUUUGGUGCUUCCAAGUAUUUUGCAGAACUUGGAGUAUGCUGAUAUUGAUGAAAAGUUGAAGAAAGUAGGUAAUCAGGACACUUCAAAUGAUACGUCACAGUUGGCCCCAGGGCAAGGUUCUGCACAACAAGGACAGCAAGCCACAGUUCGAGAUGUUGAUGUUCAUUAGACUGAAGUGUGAAACCCCUGAAUGUGAGGUUGAAUAAGAUAAUCACAUAUUCAUGCAUGGUUGGAUCAAAUGAACAUUCUAUGCGUACAUGGACCUCUAAUUGGCAGCAUUCCAGCAGGCUCAUGAGACAAUUGUAUAUAGAUUACAUUAUCAUGAGGACCUGUAAUUCGACGUCAAAAGGAAAAGACAAAUCCAUCACAUACAAGAAGAAGAAAGAAUCGUGUGUCCUGCUGGCACCAAGUGUGUAAUAUAUGAAGGAUUUGCACAUAUUUGAAGGAUGUCAUUUUGUAAAGUUUGUGUACAGUUCUGUUUUUCCUUUUUUUUGUAAAAGAGGGAAAGUAUUAGUUUGAUGGGCAGACCAGAAGGUGAAGGAAACUGGUGUAGUUAUCAUUAUUCAUUCAUAUAAGCUUUUCAGCUGUUGAGGGUGAUUGCAGAUUUUGGCCAAGAUGCUCUUUUUGUGGGUGUUAUGUAAUUAUUUGUCCUUUUUGGGUACAACAUAUAUGCUACUUCCUCCGUAACAGAAAGAAUGUAACAAUUGGGUAUUAUUUGUUA